UCUGGAUCCAUGCAUUAUUGUACCACUGUAUCUUCUUCGACUUCGAUAUCAGCUUUCAACGUCCAGUGUCCGGUGCGGUUGUCCAAACUCGGUUGCUCAGCAAUGAAAAUCAUUAUAUUUCCCACCAUUCACCACAUCCCUUCUUGCAUGCCUCCAAGUUCUAUUGUGCUUAGAGCACACCAUGCUGAGCAAGUCGGCCAGUAUAUGUUCACACCGAUUUUGAGGCCAGAAGUUCGAACGGCAAAGAGAAUUGGGACUUGGAGCGGACAUGAAUGCGCGGCACAGAAUGUCCAUCGCAAGCUCGAUUAUUGCAUGAGCAUCAUGUCGCCGGAGCUGCACAAUUACUUUUGGCGAUGCAGCGAUACAGCGAAACAGCGAUACAAUAUGGUGCUGGACGUGGAAGGGAAUCAGCAGACCCGUAGUGAAAGAAAGGUCAGUCAUGAUAUUGUUAUCGCGUUGGUGUAGCCAUUGGAUGCCUGGACCCGUCAAUCCCUCUAAAAGCCACGGAAUGAUGUCUAAUCAUACACUGGCAAUGCAUCCCAACGCCUGGUCACCUCGUCCGUUACGAGACAUCUACCAUGUUUGCAUAAUCUGUUUCGCAGCCCGGCACUAUGAGUCGUCGAAACUACUUCCUCUUGUUCUCCGUCUGUUCGCGCUCUGCAUGCGCCGAGUUGUUCUGCGGAUGCAUUGGUGCUUCUCCCACCAUCCUCUUUUUCCAUUCGAUGAAUUCCACAUCCUUCUCCUCGCCCAUGUACUCGGCCCAAGCGGUGAAUUCUCGGUUGGUGCGCUUUUUCAGGGGUGGCAUGUCGGAGCUGCUUCGAUGGGAACGAUCAUUUCGGUGCUGGCUUGUUGGUGUCUCUUUAUGGAUGCGGUCUAUUUUGUCCUGCAGACAUCUUGUGUCCUCAAGACCUUGGCCCUUGGAUGGCAUAUUGGCUGGUCGUUUGUCUUGCUGUGUAGCUUGUUGUGUCGCGGAUGAUCCGCCUUCAGUGGAUCCUGUCUCGCUUUUCGAUGAUUCUUGUGAAAGGAAAGUGUGAAAGGACAGUAUAUUCCUAGUACUGGGCUUGAACUGUUUUGGAACGAUGCAUACUAUCCUAGAACGUGUGGACAUACUGGAUCUUGUUGUAGAAUA